AACUCUAGCUAUAUUUUUGCAGAAACAAAAAUAUUUAAAACAUACUAAACAAAAACAAAAAAAUAUGUCUGGAAGAAGAUCUAACUCAGUAUGGUCCAAAUUUGAAAAGCUUGAAACAAAAAGUGGGAAGGGAUGUAAAGCAAGAUGUAGGAUAUGCAAAAAAGAACUGCAGGGUCUGGUGGCAAGAAUGAAAGUACACUUAAAUAAAUGUUGUCACGAAAAUAAUACAGAAGAAAUUGAAUUUCAAACUACUUCUUCCAAUAUUCAAUUUGAUGUUACAAAGCAACCCUCAGAAUCAUCUGUUUUAGCAGAAAAAUGUUAUUUAAAUGUAUCAGCAAAAAAAUCACGUACUGAAAAUAUAAAUAAUAAUAUAAAUAAAUAAUGUUAUAGGCUAUAUAUAUAUAAAUAAUGUUAUCCAAUAGUUGUUAUUGUGGAUUAUUUGUAUUCUGCUUGACUUUAGCUUGGAUAUUUUAAGCAAAGGACCUAACCCAGUAUCUUCCAAGUCUUCCGCAAAAGGAAAUUGCUUGUGGAGCAAAAGUUGAGCAUGGUUAAUUUCAUUACAGUUUAACCAAUCACCACUUUGUAUUACUUUUUCCAUAUUGGAGUCGAAUAUUGAAUGAAAUCGAUAAAACUUAAGUUCUCCCGGUCUCCCUUUUUUUAAUUGAGUAAUUACCAACUCUUCUUCUACAGUUUCCAUCUUAUCUUCAACACGCUGUUUUUCUUCUUCGCAAAUUUCAAUGAUGAUGUCCUCUUGAUCAGAGGAGUCAGUAUUGAGCUCCAGCUCUGUAAUUCCUCCUCUAUUGAUCAGUCUUGAUCAGAGCUCCAGAUUUGCUCUGUAACAUUGUUUCACAUUGUAAUUCCUC